CAAGUGUGUAUUGAUUCUGGUGCAACAGCGAACACCAUUGACUGUGCAACAUAUGAGGCGAUCAGUGCCGCAAAAACAGUGCCCUUAAAACCAACCAAUGUGAAACGUCAUCCUCAUGGAGAAGACAACCCUGCCCCGAUUCCCCUUGCCGGAUUGUUUUUUGGAAUGAUCAAUACUCCGUCAGGGAAGAUGGACCUGACCAGGUUCCUGGUACUCAAAGCACGAAAUGCUGGCUGCCUCCUGAGUUGUGAAACCUUAACCCGUCUACGAAUGUUGCAUGUUGUGGCCUUUACAACUACUGAACAUUCACCUGUACACCAUAAGUACCAGUAUCUUUUACAGAAGUUCCCAAAAGUGUUCAUCGGCAAAAUCGAGAAACUAAAAGAUUACCAACUUGAGCCCAACAUUGACUCAACUGUACAACCGGUCUUACAAAAGUCCCAUCCUGCACCCUUACAUUGCUGUGCCAAAGUGGAAGCCAAGUUGAAACAGCUUGAACAUUAAGAUAUCAAACAGGUUAAGGGCCCGACACAAUGGGUGUCACCACUUGUCAUUGUCGACAAGCCAAAUGGUGACAUACGACUGUGUGUAACCAUGUGCAAGCCCAACGAAGCUCUCCGCCGUACACACCACCCAUACCCAUCACUUUUGUGACGCCUCUCAGGUGGCUUCUGGUGCUGUAUCGUACCUUUGCUUGGUCGAUACCCAAGGUCAGAUUCACUGUUCAUUUCUUGUUGGCAAGUCCCUCCUGGCGCCUUUGAAGGAAACAACUACUCCUCGAUUAGAGUUGACGGCUGGUACUGUGUCAGUUCAGCUAAACAAGAUCUUGAUGAAGACGUAAGAGAUACCCAAUGAUGAAGUUACAGCAGACGCGUUCGUCUACAAUGGCCGUUGGAUAAAGGGGCCGGAAUUUCUAACAAAAUCCGAGUCUGAGUGGGAGGACUGUGCCCACGAAAGCACAGAGCUGACUGUAAGAGACAUUUUGCGUUGUGUUACACAUUACGUAAUGGUGUCUUGUGGCUUUAUCAUGUGACUUUGGUGAGAACUAGAGACUUUUUAGAGUUUUUGAACUUGGACUUGAGAAGCGUUGAGUUAGAUUAGUCUGGAUUUAAUUGUUACUGUUUACGGAACAGAAACAACAUUUUGGUCCUUCGGAAACCGGAUAUUCGCAUUUGUGUAAUAGUUGGACUAAUCGGAACCAGUAUUGUGGAAUUUUCAAGGGACUCAUUCGAACUUGGAAACAUUUGGUGGGAAGUCCAUCGAGAACUGAAGCUGGAGGAAUUAUGGAUGGAAAAAUAGAAGACUUAAAGAAGGAGAAA